AUGGAAAAAUAAUUGGAGCAAAUAUUCAACUUUUCAUGAUUAUAGUUUGUACCAUCAUAUGUUUUGCCUCAAUUUCAUAUGUUGCCCAAGGGCGACCUUUUACAACAUUAUAUCCAUAUUCUUGGAAGAGAUGGAAUACUCUUGGCCUGGCGAAUGGAAAAAUGGGAUUGCCACCUUCUACAAACGUCCUUAUGUUCCCUCUGUGUGUAAUGGAUAUAAAGAUGAUGGUGACUUUAUAGCCGGAGCAAGUGAUGAAAUAUGGGAGAAUAGGGGAGCAUGUGGGAAAUAUUACCUUGUAAAGUGUAUUGGUGCCACAAACCUAGCACCACAACCUUGUAAGGUAGACUUCGUUACAGUUAAAAUUGUCGAUUAUUGUCCACCAGGAUGCCGCGGAACCAUCAAUCUUUCUGAAGAUACUUUCUCUAUAAUUGCCCAUCCCACUGCUGGAAGAAUUAAGAUUGAAUAUUAUGAGUAAGUUAAGCUCGAACACUCAAAAUUAACAUUCUACGACAUAUGGUGCACAAAGUAUGUAGACAAUAUUAUUCAUUAGUUACUAUUUAUGCUUAUGAUACACAGGUUUAAAGGUGAGAAGAUCUACUAAGGGCAAGUUAUGAUGAUAGUGAAGAUACCCAUACAUCAGGAAAAACUUGUUCAUAAAAGUUACCAAUUUGAUGAAACAAUAUAUAUGUGAUACGUAUUGAUUGGUGGAAAAAAGGAGGGCUUUUUU